GGGUGGAAAGGUCCCGAAAGAGCCAAGUGCAUCUUAAUCUUCACCAACAUAUGACAACAAUAUACAUUUAGACCUACCCUGCACACGUUUUGAAGCGUUUAAGCUGUCUGGUGUCUCGCGUCCACUCAGGACUACAACUCCCAGACUGACAGUGGCCGAUGACGUACAAUUUAUGCGCCGAUCUUUACUCUCUCUCAGGAGAUCUUUAUUAGCUACAUGGUUAUAACAAAAUACUGAGUAGUCACCAUGGUGAUGAAGUCAGCAGUCGAGGAUGAUGAUGCUGGCUGGGGGCUGGGCAUCCCAGAAAAGAUGAAGAACAAUGCCAACUGGGUUGAUAUUACACAUGAAUUCAAGGGCGCAUGCAAAGAGUUGAACCUUGGAGAGUUGCUUCAUGACAAACUGUUUGGCCUGUUUGAGGCCAUGUCAGCCAUAGAGAUGAUGGAUCCUAAGAUGGAUGCAGGAAUGAUUGGAAACCAGGUCAACAGGAAAGUGCUCAACUUUGAACAAGCCAUCAAGGAAGGUGCCAUCAAGGUGAAAGACCUUAGUCUUCCUGAACUCAUUGGGAUCAUAGACACAUGUUUCUGCUGUUUGAUAACUUGGCUAGAGGGACACUCCCUGGCGCAGACUGUGUUCACCUGUCUGUACGUGCAUAACCCCGACCUGAUUGAGGAGCCAGCCCUUAAAGCCUUCGCCCUGGGCAUCCUUAAGGUGUGUGACAUCGCCAGAGAGAAGGUCAACAAAGCUGCUGUGUUUGAGGAGGAGGAUUUCCAGGCCAUGACCUAUGGCUUCAAGAUGGCCAAUAAUGUCACAGACCUGCGGGUGACAGGUAUGCUGAAAGAUGUGGAGGAUGAGUUGCAGAGGAAAGUUAAGAGCACGCGCAGUCGACAGGGUGAACAGCGAAACCCGGAGGUUGAGCUGGAGCAUCAGCAAUUUUUGGCACUUUUCAAUAGAAUCAAGUUCACUCGCCUUCUACUGACUGCACUGAUCACCUUCACCAAGAAAGAGACCAGCUCGGUUGGCGAGGCCCAGAAGCUUGUGGCUCAGGCAGCUGACCUCUUAUCAGCUAUUCAUUCCAGUAUUCAGCAUGGCAUCCAGUCCCAGAAUGAUACUACCAAAGGAGACCAUCCCAUCAUGAUGGGCUUUGAGCCCCUGGUAAACCAGAGACUGCUGCCACCUACCUUUCCUCGCUAUGCCAAGAUCAUAAAGAGGGAGGACAUGGUGGCCUACUUUGGCAAACUCAUAGAACGCAUCAAGACCGUCUGUGACGUGAUCAACACCACCAACCUGCAUGGCAUACUGGACUUCUUCUGUGAGUUCAGUGAGCAGUCUCCCUGCGUGCUCUCCAGAUCUCUUCUUCAAACAACGUUCCUGAUAGAUAAUAAGAAAGUGUUUGGGACCCACCUGAUGCAGGACAUGAUUAAAGAUGCUCUUAGAUACUUCGUCAGCCCACCUGUCCUCUCCUACAAGUGUUGUCUGUUUAACAACCACCAGGCCAAGGACUACAUUGACUCCUUUGUUACACACUGCUCUAGGCCAUUCUGCAGUCUGAUCCAGAUCCACGGACACAACCGAGCUCGGCAGAGAGACAAGCUGGGUCACAUACUUGAGGAGUUUGCCACAUUGCAGGAUGAGGCAGAGAAGGUGGAUGCAGCCCUGCAUAGCUUGCUGAUGAAACUUGAGCCUCAGCGACAGCAUCUAGCCUGCCUCGGCACCUGGAUCCUCUACCAUAACCUGCGGAUAAUGAUCCAGUACCUGCUUAGUGGCUUUGAACUGGAGCUGUACAGCAUGCAUGAGUACUACUACAUCUACUGGUACCUGUCAGAGUUCCUGUACGCGUGGCUGAUGUCCACUCUGAGCAGAGCAGACUCCUCUCAGAUGGCAGAGGAGCGGAUUCUUGAGGAGCAGCUGAAAGGACGCAGCAGCAAAAAGACCAAGAAGAAGAAAAAAGUUCGUCCUCUCAGCAAGGAGAUUACAAUGAGUCAAGCAUACCAGAACAUGUGUGCUGGCAUGUACAAGACUAUGGUAGCUUUGGAUAUGGACGGGAAGGUGCGUAAGCCUCAGUUUGAGUUGGACAGUGAGCAGGUUCGCUACGAGCAUCGUUUCGCCCCCUUCAACAGCGUGGUAACCCCCCCACCCGUGCACUACAUCCAGUUCAAGGAGAUGUCUGAUCUGAAGAAGUACAAUCCUCCGCCAGGCUCCGCUGACCUCUAUCUGGCCGCCAGCAAACACUUCCAGCAGGCCAAGCUCAUCCUAGAAAAUGUGCCCAGCCCAGACCCUGAGGUGAACCGUAUACUGAAGGUGGCCAAGCCCAACAUUGUAGUCAUGAAGCUCCUGGCUGGAGGCCACAAGAAGGAGACCAAGGUGCUCCCAGAAUUUGACUUCUCAGCUCACAAGUACUUUCCUGUGGUCAAGAUUAUCUGAUUCUGCUCCGCACCACAAGUUGAUAUGAAGACCGUCAGCUGUAAACACCGUACCCUCACCUGAACAAGUGUGCAAUUGCCCUGAUCCAGUCAUUGUCUGAACAAUGUGUGUGAUACACCUUACUGUAAAGUUAUGUAAAGGAGUGUUUGACACACCCGAUUCUUUUUUUCACUUGAAUGAAAGAUGUGACACGAGAAACCAGACUCAACACACAACUGGACCUAUAUGAGUGACAAUAUCCACAUCUGUGUGUGUGUGUGUGCGUGUGUGUGGGCGUGCGUGCGUGUGCGUGCGUGUGUGUGCGUGUCUGUGCGUGUCCGCAUGAGAGUCACAAGUCAAGGUGCUUUUUGCUCUAAGAACUGGCCAAUGGAAAUUUUUAUAAGCUGCCUCCAGAACAGUCUUAUGACAGAACAGCUGUAAUGAUAACGGGUGCAUAUCAUUCAAACAUAUGAAACCUUUCUAUGUAUUUAUGUGCUUAUCUGAAUGAAAAUGUUGAUCCUGAAAAGACUACAGUAUCUUGUCAUACCUUGUAGAGCACCAGUUUCAUAUGAAGGCAAUUCAGUUUCAUUUUAGAGAUACUUAUACAGCGGAGAUACUUUCUGGGCCAGUGAACCAACUGCGCUGCUUUUUCAAAGCAUCACCAGCAACUCAAGACUGAAAAGCUGCAGCCUUCACAUAUAUCGAGAACACAAUAAAACCCAUCUUUUACUGUGGUA